UUAUAUCCAAGGAUAUCAUCGGAUACCUACAUUAAGACACAGUACCAUCGUUCGAUCGCAAUUACGCAACACCGCUUCGGCGAAUAUUAAAAACUGUUCGCGGCCCUGACGGAGGGCCUUUUGUCACCUAACAUCGGGACGUUAGGACAACCAAUUAGUUAAGUUUAAUAUUGUAAUUCUUUUUAAUAAACUUUAUUAUUCGAAGAAUUUGGUUUUUUUUAAUCUCCACCGCUGCACAUCUCGUAAUUGGCGCAGUCGGUAGGAUUGUCGAGUCAGUGCGUGUAAUCGAAUCGAUCGAUCGUUCCUGUGGGACACUCGCGCGCGCUGUCCACGUCUCAACGUGCAUCGUCGGCAGUCCACGUAGAACCGAGAGCAGCCAUCGGAGAUCCUGAGUAUCCAGAAAUCGAUACUGCGAAGAGCCAUCGACAUGUAUAUGUGAGUUGCACAAAUUCUUAACAGUCGGUCGCUACUUCCUUCACCAUUUUCCACCCACGAUCAUCACGAUCUACCCGGGGUAUCGAACCCCCGAGUUCAAGACUGUCCUCUCGCAUCGCGCAGAGGGACUCUUUUCGCAAUCUAGAUAUCUUAAGUAAUUUAGAAGGAAUAAUGGAGCAAGCAGGCGUCGUCGACCAGGACGAGAUUAUUAAUAAGAUUGUCAAAGCUCUAAGGUUAGUACCCGAGUUUGACGGGAAUUGUAAUACAUUAAUUAGAUUUUUAACAUUAUGUGAUCGUUUAGUUAUUAACUAUGUCAAUCCAGCGCCCGGACACGAAUUAUCCAAUCUAGCCUUAAUAAAUGGCAUUUUAAAUAAAAUUACGGGAGCCGCCGCUAGAACGUUAGUGACGAACGGCAUUCCGAAUGACUGGAAUGGCAUAAGGAAUACACUUAUACAUAAUUUUUCAGACCACAGAGAUGAAUCUGCGCUAUAUAGCGAUCUGUCUCUGUUAGCCCAAGGAUCAGAUACACCUCAUGUUUUCUAUGAACGCGUACAAAAUAUGCUCAGCACCAUAAUGACCUAUGUUGAGUUGCAUGAUCAACUUCCGACUACGGUAGAAGCGAAACGUUCUUUAUAUCAGAAGUUAGCGCUUCAAACUUACUUGAAAGGUUUAGAAGAACCAUUAGGUUCUAGGAUUAGAUGCAUGAGACCACCUUCUUUGGAAAAAGCAUUAGAAUACGCCCAGGAAGAAAUGAAUAUAGUUUACCUUCAACGAAAGCUUCCACCCCAAAAUUCUAGGAAAGGGAGUCAGUCAGUAACACCAUAUCAAUCGCAAGCAUUUCAAUAUAAGGUACCUUUCAUGCAGCAACCUUUCAUGCAGCAACCUUUCAGGCAGCAACCUUUCAUGCAGCAACCUUUCAUGCAGCAACCUUUCAGGCAGCAACCUUUCAUGCAGCCUAGACCGUUCCAAGGACCGUCUAGAACUCAACAAAUGUUUAAGGCUUUGCCGCGUUCUAAUAUGUCAACUGGUUUUAGGGUUGCACCACGGCAGCCAGCUUUUCCACACUCGAAUAAUAACCAACCGCGUCCUAUGAGUGGAAUUAGCCACCCUGUUGCACGCCCAUUACCCCCGACUAGACAUGACUGGAGGAUGCAUGGUAAUCCACCACCGAAUAAUUACUUUAAGACUCGAGACAUUAAUAAUCAUGAAACUUAUGAGGACUAUUACGAGGACUAUGAACAAAAUGACUAUUAUUACUAUGACGACGCUCACGAUGAAACUGUAUGUGACACUUCUCAAGAAAUUCCCGAAUCGCAGCCUUUAGAAAGUGCGGUACACGCUAGCGACAAUGGUCAUAGUUCUCAAAAUUUUCCCAAGGUCAGCCUCGAAGAUGCCCCCGAAUAGAACUUAACGUUCAUAGUAGAAGGCAAUUACCAUAUAUUAAGUUAUUUGUGAGGCCUGAUGCCCGGCCUUUGCAUUUUUUAAUAGAUACAGGCGCUAACUCAUCAUUCAUAAGUCCUGACAUCGCGAGGCAAUACUUUCCAAACGUAUGCCUAAAUCCUGACCCAUUUGUGGUCACGAACUUUAACAGGGCUUCGAGGAAUGAAUACUCAAUUACAAUUCCUUGUUUUAAGGAAAUCAAAGAUAACGCUCUUAUUAAAUUGUACGUAUAUAAUUUCCACGAGUAUUUCGACGGACUUAUAGGAUGCGAUCUUUUAACGAGUUGGUCAGCAAAGGUCGAUUUAGGAUCGUAUGUGCUCAAGACCAAGUUCGCAGAGAACCCCAUAUACAUGUAUGCGUCACCUUGUCUAAAUUUACACGAAAGUAUUAUUCCGGCACAGUCUUCGAAGUUAAUAAGCGCACCCACUGACAUAGAACAAGGCGAUAUUAUAGUCGAUCAGCAAAUUUUAUGUAACUGCCACAUAAGUAGUUGUCUAACUACAGCUAAAAAUAAUCAGGCUAAAUUAGAAGUAAUUAACCCCACGGACAAUGACAUUAUCUUUUCCUUAUCAGAACCAAUUCAUGCAAGUAUAUUUAAUGAGCAGAUUGCACCUGUAACGAAACCUGAUACUUGUAAUAACAAAGCUCGAACUCGAGAAGUCUUAUCGCGCUUGCGCAUAGAUCACCUGAACGCAGAGGAGGCAAUCAAUUUAACUAAAUUAUGUGCUGAAUAUUCUGAUGUAUUUUAUUUGGAAGAUGAACCGUUAACUUUUACUAAUAGAAUCAAGCACUCUAUUAAUACCACAGACGAAUUACCCGUAUAUAGUAAAACUUAUAGGUACCCGUAUAUACAUCGAGAAGAGGUUCAACGGCAAAUAAAAAAAAUGUUAGACCAAGGCAUAAUUCGACCUUCCACAUCUGCGUGGAGUGCACCUAUAUGGGUCGUACCCAAGAAAAGUGACGCCUCUGGAAAAACAAAGUGGCGCUUAGUCAUUGACUUCCGUAAGUUGAACGAGAAGACAAUUGACGACAAAUAUCCCAUUCCGAAUAUAACGGACACGUUAGACAAAUUGGGUAAAUGUCAGUACUUCGUUUCAUUAGAUUUAACUAGCGGAUUCUAUCAGGUAGAACUAGAUCCCAAGGACAUUCACAAAACAGCCUUUAACGUGGAGCAGGGACACUACGAAUUCUUGAGAAUGCCCAUGGGACUCAAAAAUUCACCAUCCACCUUUCAAAGGGUGAUGGAUAACGUACUGAGAGGGUUACUGAAUAAGAUCUGUGUAGUAUAUUUGGACGAUAUCCUAGUGUUUGGGACGUCGCUCCAGGAAAUAAUUUGUAACUUACGUAGUGUAUUUCAGCGACUUAGGGAAUCCAACUUUAAAAUCCAAAUGGAUAAGUCGGAAUUCUUAAAACGUGAAACACCCUAUUUAGGCCAUAUUAUAACCCCUGAAGGUGUCAAACCCAAUCCAGAGAAAAUCUCUGCAAUUGUGAAUUAUCCAUUACCUAAAACCACGAAACAAAUUAAAUCAUUUUUAGGGUUACUAGGCUACUAUCGCAAGUUUAUACCGGACUAUGCACGAAUAACAAAAUUUCUUACAGCAAACCUGAAAAAGGGUGCCAAAAUUAAUAUAACUCCUGACUACAUAAGUAACUUCGAACACUGCAAAACUCUUUUGACAAACGACCCCAUCCUGCAGUACCCAGAUUUUACAAAGGAAUUUAUUUUAACUACAGACGCCUCGAAAUAUGCUCUUGGAGCUGUACUAUCACAAGGUACAAUAGGCUCUGACAGACCGAUAUCAUAUGCAUCUAGAACGUUGAAUAGCAGCGAAAUAAACUACUCUACCAUAGAGAAAGAACUUUUGGCAAUCGUGUGGGCCACCAAAUACUUUAGGCCAUACCUCUUUGGUAGAAAGUUUAAAAUUGUAACUGAUCAUAAGCCCCUGCAAUGGCUUAUGAAUUUAAAAGAGCCUAACUCGCGUUUAACUCGCUUUAGAUUGAAAUUAGCAGAAUAUAAUUUUACAGUUAUUUAUAAAAAAGGUAGUUGCAACACAAAUGCUGAUGCGCUGUCGCGAAUCGAAAUUCAUAAUGAUGAAACAAUUUCUCUAUUAGUGAACACAUCUGAAACGUCGGAACGACGUCAUAGUUCAUCAUCCACAUUAACAGCUUCUGAAACAAUAGACAAUGUCACCGAAAGUCAUGAACGCCGUAGCUCGUCAUCUACAUUAACUGCCCCUGAAAUAAUAGCCACAGAAACUGUACACACUAACGUCGAGAACCCGAUUCUAGAAAUUCCCAUUAGUGAUGACCCACUAAAUAAAUAUCGAAGACAAAUUAUAGUAAACAUAGUUAACAAGCCGCCCAGAACUAAACCCAAAGUUACGAAACCAUUUGAUACUUACCUUCAAGUUGAUACGGAAGUGUGCGUAGGCCCUAAUUUUGACCAAAAUAUUGUAGACAUUAUAAAAAAACACGUUGAUCCGAAAAUCUGCACUGCCAUCCUAGUGAAUCCCAUAGAUAAAAUGUACGAAAUUGUACCUAUAAUACAAAGAGCAUUUAAAAAUUCCAGUAUGAAGUUAUUCUUAGUUAAAAAGCAGAUAGUCAAUAUGUCGGAUUUCUCGUCUCAACAAGACAUAAUACGCAAGUACCACGAAGGAAAAACCAAUCAUCGCGGUAUAAAUGAAACCUAUUUAGCAUUGUCUGCACAAUACUUUUGGCCUAAAAUGAAAAACGACAUAACAAAAUAUAUUAAUGAAUGCGUUAUAUGCGGUUGUGCAAAAUAUGACCGUAAUCCUAUUCGGCAACAAUUUAGAAUAGUUCCGCCACCAACUAAACCAUUCGAAAUUAUACAUGCUGAUGUCUUAACAUUAGAGCAAGAAAAAUACUUAACACUUAUAGAUUCCUUUUCCAAAUAUGCCCAGGCCUAUCGUAUGGUAGAUUGUACGGCACCAAAUAUAGUAAAAUCACUCCUAAAAUUUAGUACUCAUCAUGGUUACCCAAUGACCCUAGUAACUGACCAGGGAACCGAAUUCACGAACCAAGUCGUAAGCGAAUUCCUGCGAUUGCAUAAGAUACAACAUCGAACAACAGCUGCUCAUGCCCCAAACGAAAACGGCAUGAUAGAGCGUUUCCAUAGCACACUUAUCGAACACUUAAGAAUAUUAAAAUUGCAACAUAAAAAUGAAUCGGCAGCUAACUUAGUAUCCUAUGCACUUUUAGCCUAUAAUAGUUCGAUACAUAAUUUGACCAAGUGUAGACCCUUCGACCUUAUCACUGGACAUUUUGACCCACGGGACCCCACGGACACGAACAUAACAGAACGACUAUUACAACAAUAUGUUCAAGACCACCGGAGUAGAAUGCAAACGGUAUAUAGACUUGUACAUGAGUCAUCGCUCGCCGAACGCGAAUCAUUAAUGACUCGACGUAAUGAAAAUAGAGAACCGGAAAUAGAAUAUACACCUAAUCAGGAAAUUUUUAUUCGCAAUCCCUUAGCAUCCAGACAAAAACUUGCUAGCCGUUUCACAUCUGACAAAGUUAUAGCGGACUUACCUAUUCAUAUUUACACUUCUAAAAAACGCGGACCCGUAGCAAAGACUAGACUGAAACGACCAAAGAAAAAUACAAGACAUACUUUGUUACAGGUACCUCCCGACAAUAAUGAUGAGCCUGACCUUAGCUCAAGCUCAAGAGAUCCGGCUUGAUGACCUUGAUAAUGGACCUGGAAUCUUACCCUUUGCCCUAGGAGAUACUAAAAUUGUAUCACAUCAUCAUACCUUUUUGCAAGAUAUUAACUUAAAACACAUAGAGAACCAGGUAUACGAUUUACGCACGCAAUUGUCUGAAACUACGAUUAUUCUGUCAAACUAUAGUUUUCCGUCAUUUCUGCAAAUUAAGCAUUUGUACAAUAGAUUGAAUCGAAUCUUAUUAGAACUAGAAACCAUGCAACCUAGUAGAGUCAAACGAGGUAUAUUUAAUCCUUUGGGUACCUUAAUAAAAUCUAUUAGUGGUAAUCUAGAUCAAGAUGAUGCUCUGAGGUUUGAAAGUGUUAUGGAAACUUUAAAGAAAAACGAUCAAAUGAUUUCCAGUAAAUUGAAUGAACAUAUUUCAUUAUUUAAAGAGUUUACGUCACAGCAGACUCAGAUAUUAAAUAAUUUAACUAUGAAUCAGGAUAGAUUACACAAAGCCCUUAUUCAGGUAACUAACUUGACUAACGCCGAAAAUGAGAAGGCUUUUAGAUAUGCACACUUGGCACAACUCCUUGCUAUCCUUAGCGAUAACAUACAAGAGUUAGCAAGUGAAAUUAAUAGGUUAGAGAAUAUAUUAGCGUUUAGUCGUAAUAGAUCUUUGCACCAUUCUAUAUUAUCGGUUAGGGAGUUAAGAACUAUGAUAAGCAAAUUGCAAAACUUAUAUAGCAUAGAUCAGAUAAUAGACUUAGAUAUUAGAUACUAUUAUGAUAUAAUAAGCUUAGGUUCUUAUUACGUAGAUAAAAAGAUCGUGGUUGUCCUGAAAUUUCCUAUUACUCUUCCAAAUACCUUUCAAUUAUAUAGACUUUGUCCUGUACCCAACAAGGACAGUAAGGUAAUCCUUCCUGCCUAUCCUUAUGUAGCAACCAACUCUAAAGAGUAUGUGUACAUAGAGGCAGAAUGCCCGAAGGUUCACGAAUGGCACUUGUGUGAACAGAAAAUAAGCCACGGGAUUCGUUCGGGAGCUGAUUGCAUCAUUAAACUUAUUCAAUCUCAGGAGAUAGAUGAAACGUGCCCUGUCACGCCUAUCUCUCUGACCAAGGAGGCUCUAUUAGAGCUGGACAGCAGACAUUACAUUGUUUCGUUUCCGAAGCCUACGAGGGUUCAACUAUUCUGUGGACAUGAAAAUCAUAAAAUUCUACAAGGCAGUUUCCUAGCAACUAUUCCAAAAUCAUGCAAGAUGAAAUCGUCAGAAUUCACAUUGGCCAACAUUGAUGACAAGGUCAACGGUGUAAGCAUCGAAAUCACAGCGUUCCCACGGAUGACUAAUUAUUCUCAGAAAGUCGAUCAAAAUUACCACCUGGCUUCGAUCGACCUAAGUACAUUGAACAAUAUACAGAAGCAAAUUACAAUGGAGAGCUCUGUCGAAACCGAUUCUGGGGAUUCAUCGAGUAUAUAUCACACUACAAUCCCUUUGUACUUGCUGAUAAUUGGAUUGUUCAGUGCAGGUGCACUGAUUAGCAGGCAUUUUAUACGACGAAUGCAGUCACCAACAGUUACGAAAAGUAAGAACGAAGUUAUUGAAUUAUCAGAGCCAGAUAGGAGAGCCGCAACUUUUGCAUUAGACAUUAGCAAAUAGUUGCUCAUCUAACAGGGGAGGUGUUAUAUCCAAGGAUAUCAUCGGAUACCUACAUUAAGACACAGUACCAUCGUUCGAUCGCAAUUACGCAACACCGCUUCGGCGAAUAUUAAAAACUGUUCGCGGCCCUGACGGAGGGCCUUUUGUCACCUAACAUCGGGACGUUAGGACAACCAAUUAGUUAAGUUUAAUAUUGUAAUUCUUUUUAAUAAACUUUAUUAUUCGAAGAAUUUGGUUUUUUUUAAUCUCCACCGCUGCACAUCUCGUAAUUAGUUAAAA